CAGCCCAGUCAUUGCUCUUAAAAAUGGCGUCUUCUGAACAAAAUGAGCGAAAAUAGCUUUAGUGUGCUGUGAGGGAGCAGCAGCAGAGCAGCUGUCCGCGCUGGAUCCACGUGAAUGUAGCUUCGCUUCUUAAAGCUGCUAAAGAACGCGGAGCAUCUGUUCUACGGCCCAUCAGCUUAACACAGGAGACAAUAGACAGUGAAAUAUAUGGGGAGAGGAGAGGAGGGAGGAGGUGCUCCUGGCUGCUGUGACCCCCUCCCCUCCUCCUCCUCCUCUCGCUCCUUCGCCUCCCUCCAUUCCUCCCAGUCUACGGGCUCGCCAAGCAGAGAAAUAAACAGAAGCGAGCGCAGAGAAGAGAAGACAUUCCUCCCUCCCCUCCCCCUCGCUAUCUGUCCAUCUUCAUCCAGCCCUUUCUUUCAUGGAGAGGAAUUAUCCCGCUGCAGGCUUCGGAGAUCUAGGGGCUGGGACGGGAUGGAGUUACGACAGAUCGGCCAAAGCAAGCCUCGUGUAUGGGAGCUCCAGGUCGUCCCACCCAGACUCAGAGCUGCUCCACCGGCAAGCCUAUGGCACCCCUCACCCCCUCCAGGGCUAUGCAACCAACCACCACCCAGGAAGCUCCAGACAGGGCGGGGGCUGGGGUGCUGCAGGACGAACGCUUGGCCUGUCUGGGCUGUUUGACGCCAGCCUCCACCAUGCCAGCCCCUCGGGUCCUGACCCCUCCGUCAUGAAUCUGAUUUCAGCUCUGGAGUCCCGAGGUCCACAGCCCCCACCCUCUGCUUCCUCUCUCCUCUCUCAGUUUCGCACUCCCUCUUGGCAGACUGCAAUGCAUACACCGGCCCCAGCGGAGCUCUUUAUUUCAGGGGCUCUUCCGGGUUCCAGCUCCUUCCCCUCCUCCUCAGCCCUUUCUGCAUACCAGCAUCCUGGCUCCUUCUCUGGACGAUCUUUCACUCCCUCACUAUCCCUGCAGGACACCCCUACAUUUAGCCCGACUUCCAAUGGCUUACUGUCCCCCCAUGAUCCCCUGUUGCACAUCAAAACACCCUCCCAGUCCAGCUUGGGCUUUGAUCGCUUGCUGUCUUCCCAGAGUGCUACCUACCGGGGCUCCCAGGAGCCUCAGGCCCCCUCUCAGACCCCAGCCCCUUCCACCUCCUCCAGUUGCCACCUGCCCCCUCCCCAGUUCAAUCUGUUGUCCUCUCAGCUCCACAACCAGUCCUCCCAGCUCUAUAAUGCCUCCAUGUUCUCUUCCACACCAGCCCUGCCGCCCACGGCCCCUCCAUUGCCCCAGCCUCCUCCAGAGAGGGCAGUUUCCCGGCAGGACAGUGUGAUUAAGCAUUACCAACGCUCAUCCCCAGCCCAGUCCACAACACUACCCCUUCAGCAAUAUGUUAGCUGUGGUGGGUCAUCAGGCUACCAACAGAUAGGCAGCCACCACCGGCAUUCUGGAGUGUCCUGCAGUCAACCAACUGACCAGAGCCCAUCCUCUGACCCCAAGCCCUCACCACGGAUGGAAUCCAAGACGUAUCGACCUAUCAUCCAAACUCCUUACACUUCCUCGUCCUCCAGCUCCUCAGCCUCCUCUUCAUCAGGCACCAAGGGAGCCAAAAAUUCCAGCUCCAGUAGUGGCUACUCCUCUUCUGGCUCAGCAUCUUCUUCUUCCCGUACCCCACACACUCCACCGUCAGCCUCCUCCGCCUCCUCUUCAUCCUCUUCUAGUUCCAAGACAAAUGCUGGCUCCUUGUCUGCUCCCUCUCGUCAGCAGCCCCCACCUCAGUCAGCACCGGCACCACCUCCUCUACCAGUGGUGUCAUCCACCCUUGCUCAACAGCCAGCACCCAAACAAUGCCUUUCCACCUAUGGCUCUCCGUCUGUGGCCACAUCUAGCACAGGCCUACCAGAACAUACCCCUCCGCAGCAACACGCCCAGUCUUACUCUCCCAACCAGCCUCCACCUACACAUAUGUCCCAGUCUUAUGGAGGCUUUAACUCACCUCAUGCCCAGGACCUGAGCUCUGGGGCAGGGGGCACUGGAACAAAGGCUUUCACUGGUAUAGGCUCAGGGGGACGCUCAUUUUCUGCAGAGAUAGUCUAUGGGGACUCAAGCUUUGGCUCACCUUCUCUCAGAAGAGCAGGCAGUCCUUCCUUAGGGUAUGGGAGUGCUGGAGGAUCAACAGGAAGUGGACCUGUAUCAGGAGCUGCUGCACUUGGCAGUGGAGUUGGAUCUACAGGAUCAGGGAGUGGGGCUGCUAGUGUUGGUAAUGGAGGCAGCAGCUCCUACCACCUGCCCGAGUCUAGUCCCUCACCCUCCAUCAAUUCUACUAUCAGUCGCCCUGGAUUGCACUCUCCUGCUUCUGCUCGCCCUGCACAGUCCCCUGGAAGUUCAGGGGCAACCAAAUACUUGUCCUCCAUCCUCUCUCCUGCUUUUAUGUCCUCACCACAAGGUUUCACUGAUACACGGCAAGUGCAGAGCCAGUCCUAUCACUCAACACCACCCAAGCCAAAAACGGAGACCAACAUACUGGGAGUAGAGCGAUCCCAAGAUGAGGAAGAGGAUGAUGACGAUUUCCUCAUACACCACUUAUUACAUGUCCAGAGCUCAACUCCUCAUCCAUCCCAGCAUCAUCCACCUCCACAGCAACUACCCCAGUCAGUCCCACAGGCUAGGGAGGGGGAAGGCAAAGGGAUGACCUAUGACAUUAACAAGAUCUCAGAAGAGCGCUACCAUCUUCAAAGUGUCAUUCGCACAAAUAACACUACUAGCAGUUCAGGUCCUGGAACGGCUAUUGGUGAUGCAGCAAGUGGCUUAAACAGUCAGUUGGAAAUCUCACAGAAGAAACAGAACCCGACCAAGUCAGAGUUAACCAUAUCAAAGUCCAUUGCUGGAGGGGUCAGUGACUCUCUUUCCCACUCCCAUACUGCCAACUCCCAUCAACAACAGCAUGACUCCCUCGGAUCUGUGGUCCAUUAUGGAAGAGGGGACCCUUACACACAGCACCCACACUCCCAACAUUCCCAUCACAACUCACAUGUGUCGUCACACUCUCAGCACUCUCAGCACACUCAACACACACAGCGCUCUCAACAUUCUCAGCAUAGCCAUCCCCAUUCCCACUCCCACAGCCACCCUCACAUGGAGCUAAAGAAGACUUCAGAUGCAAAUGACAAUGCCUACUUGUGUAACACACCAGAUGUGCAGCAGGCUCGACAAAGCCAGGUCCCACUCUCUCUGAUGGAUUCGUCUCCAGACCCUCCCCAGCAAACUCACUUGCUGCAGUCUGUCCUUUCCCAUACCACCCGCUCCGAGAUGGACCCCCAGCAAGCCCCUGCACAGCAGCAACAGCAGCAGCAGCAGCAGCAUCCUUUGAGUCAGCAGGCCAUGAUGAGUUCCGCCGGAGGAGCAGGCCCUGCUGGGGUGGAAUCCCACCCACAGAACCAGUCCUCACAGUUGCAACUCCAGCUUCAGACCCAGAGUAUAGAUACGCAUUAUAGCCUCAGAGCCCAGCCAGGAGAUCAAACCCGAUCAAGUCAGAACUCAGUGUCUCCACUAGAAAUGCUAGAACAAUCUCUUUCCCGGACAAACAGCAGAGACAGCGGAGGAGCUCUAGACAGAACUGGGGUUGGGGUGAAUGUUACAGGAGGGGAUGGAGGUGGUGGAGACAGACAUAGACAGCAGCACAGACUUACACCCCACCUCCAUCCCCAACAAACAGCCUCAGAUCUCCAUGACUUCCUCUCUGAACCAGAUUUGGGAUUGUCCACCCCCUCACACCUGCACCAUCUCAACCAGACACAGGCACAUGCCCACCCCCAUGCACACCACCAACAGCAAGCACAUACUCACCAUCAGCUGUCGCACUCUCAGCUAGCUCACCCACACUCUCACCAGAUGGCAACAAAUAUGGGAACUCCCCAACAACAGCAACAGCCCCAACAAAGAGAGCCUGAGACCCAACUGUCACACUCCCAGUUAGACCAGCUCAAACAGCACCAGUUUGACACAGUAAGCCCAGUGAGUAAAGUAGGACAGAAUCAAGCUCAGCAGCAGCAGCAGCGGUUUACGUCUCUAACAUCCAUCUGCUUUCCAGAAUCUCUCUUACACGAUGAAGACCGCUCUUUCUUUCCUGAGAUGGAAGACAUGUUUUGUUCAGCCGAUUACAAGUCUAGCUGUGCUGGGGAUUCAGGGACAGGACAAUCCGCUCAAGAAAGCCUUACCCAGGGUCAUGGGCAGGGGCAAGACAGUAUGGAGGGCCUAAAAACAGGAGGUGCUGGAGAAGGCUAUGAUAUGGUCAGUCAUCACAGUGAUCAAGGCUAUGGGCAGUACUGCCACAGCCUUCCAGGAACAGGAAAUGGUAAUCUGCACUUAGACCUUGACUCUAUGAAGACCCACGAGCUUCCCUCCACUGUGAAUACUGACCAGCUUGGCCUCAUCCAAUCCCAAAAUCCCACUAUGGGAUUGAGUUCAGCAGUUCAAGGGGAUGGCUCAGUCAACAAGAUGAUGGGAAGUGUGGGAGUGGGUGGAAGUUCAAACACUACCAGUCUGACUUCACCCAUCUUCUGCUCUUCUAGACCCAAGAAACUGCUGAAGACCAGCUCAUUUCACUUGCUCAAACAGCGGCGUGAGCCACAACCUCAAGCAAAGAAAAACUAUGCGCAGGAGUAUGAAUUUGAAGAUGAUGAGGAUAAAGCUGAUGUUCCAGCAGAUAUUCGCCUCAACAGUCGACGCCUUCCUGACCUGCUCCCUGACUUGGUGUCGAGUUGUAGGAAGGCUGGUGGGGCAUCAGUAGUAAGUGGACUCAGUCCACUGAUGGGUGACAUGGACUUCUGCCACCCCUCCAGCUACUCUUCCCUUGGACACCCUCCACAACUCCUCCCAAAUGAUGGCCCAAAGAAAAGAGGCAGGAAACCAACUAAACCAAAACGUGAAGGCCCUCCUCGCCCACGAGGUAGGCCACGCAUACGUCCUCUUCCAGAGCCACCUUACUGCAGGGGGCUGAUGGGAUCAGUGGCUGGAGAAAGUAGGAGGGGUCGUGGGCGUGGUCGAGGGCGAGGCAGGAGGGACGAAGGGCUUGUGGAAAUGCAUCAAGAUAUGAACAAAGCACAAAGCCUCCCAUAUCACCAUCAGCAGCAGCAACAACAGCAACAGUUCAGCCAACAGCAACAUCUCCAACAGCAUCCACAUCAACAUCACAGACAGCAGGCGGACCACCACCAGGCACCACCACAACUGCAACAACAGCAUCACCUGCAUCAUCAGCAGCAGCACGUUUCCUGCGCUCACCACCAACCGCAUCAUCAACAGCAGCAACAUCAGCAACAUCAUCAACAACACCAACAACAACAGCAACCUUCCCAGCAGCAGGAUCCAAUCAGACCUAUCAAGAUCAAACUGCCUGUUCCGACCAUGCUUCCAUCAGAAUCCUUGUUGAGGACAGACUCACUGUCCAGCACUGAUCCAGUUCUGUCUGAUGGGUCAGUGGGGUCAGCACCAUCUCUGGGCCUGAGUCCUGGACCCAGCACUGCCAUGGACAUCAGCAGAAAUGAGCUGAACCAGACUCAAGACAAGAUGAUGAAGCAUCAGCAGAAAGCUGGCGAGAUGACGUGGAAGAAAGAAAUUGACGAUCCACUGAAUCCUGAAGCCUGGGCUGCUAUGCAGAAACUCUCCAGUUCAGCUGAGGAGAAAGCUUUCGACUUCAAACCUGGCUUCAUGGCCUCUUUUUUGGACUUCCUAAAGACAGGCAAAAAGCAGUCAGGCCUUGAACUGGGAGAUGACGGAGGCGAGCAGGAGGCCCUAAACCCGUGUUCCUCUCUGAAGGGAGGGAUUAGGCCCCUUUCCCCGCCUCCUCCUCCUGUAACCCCAACUCCUCCACAGCAGCCUCCAGGAACAUUCAGCGAGGACGGGCAGGGCGAGGGAGAGGACCUGGCUCUCAGUAGCUGCCCAAGUCCCUGCAAGCCCCUGGAUGAGGAGCUAAAAAGGAACCUGGAGACGCUGCCUUCCUUCUCCUCUGAUGAGGAGGACUCAGUCAGUAAAAACCAGGACCUGCAGAAGAGCAUCUCAUCUGCCAUCUCUGCCCUCUAUGACACCCCGCACUCGUUGGCUGCUGCAAUGGCUUCUGCCAUGGUCAAGGCCCCACCCACUCUGUCUCCGCCUACCCCACAGGAACCAGCACUCAGCCCCCCUCUCCCUGCCAUACCUCCCCUCAUCCCCAGUAUGGAGAACGGAAAAGAGGAGGCGCUAACGUACACUCAGCAUCACACACAGGACGAGGAAGAACAGAAAUUGGCCCCCCCACACUCGGAUAGAGAAGAAGAAGCAGAGGAAAGGGAGGUUGAGGAAGCACGAGAAGAGGCAGAGGAGGGAGGAGGGGAGGCUGCAGAAAAUGAAGAAGUAAUGAGAGAACCACUGAAUCUGCAGCAGGGAGCACAGGAAGAGCAGGAAGAGGAGGAGGAAAGGAUGUCAGAAUUGCAGACUCUGGAGGUUCCUAAGGUUGAAGAUUCUCCAUCAGGACCUGUGCUUGCUCUUGCACCUCCGUCCCCAUCACCGUCCAUCUCCCCUUCACCGCCCACCUACUCUUCACCCUCGCCCCUCCCUCCCGUGUGUCUCUCCGUGUCCUCCGCACUGCCUGUCCAGCACGAUGAGGAAGAGACGAAUCCAGCUUAUCCUCCUUCUGAGCAGCAGCAGCAGCAGCCGCCGCCCUCCUACCAACUGGCUCCGACUGCAGGCACCUCCCCACCCCUCUCUACAUCCCCCCCUGCUAUCCCGUCCUCACCCCUCUCCAACCUUCCCCUGGGCCAGUCAAUCCCCCCUCCGUCCACCACACCUCCUCCAUCAUCCUCUGAUCAAGAUCAGGAACCUGAAGCUGGGCAGCCUUCCCCUUCCUCACCCUCCUCUUCCUCACCUUCUUCAUCAUCCUCUCCGCCACCAUCCCCUCCAACCCCAGAAGAGGCCCCAGCAUCCCAGCGUCUUACCUCCCUCCACCUGGCAAAGAAGCAGGCUGACGCCGCCAUAGCUGGGGAAAGUGAAGAGGAGGACAGCGAGAGUGGAGGCGAGGGAAUCUUCCGUGAGCGGGACGAGUUUGUGGUUCGAACUGAGGACAUCGGGACUCUCAAGAUGGCGUUGCAGACAGGCCGGGAGCCGCCACCCAUCUGGAGGGUGCAGAAAGCCUUGCUCCAGAAAUUCAGCCCAGAGAUCAAAGAUGGUCAAAGGCAGUUCUGUGCAACCAGUAAUUAUCUGGGUUACUUUGGUGAUGCCAAAAUGCGCUACCAGCGCUUGUAUGUGAAGUUCUUGGAGAAUGUCAACAAAAAAGAUUACGUCAGAGUGUGUUCUCGAAAGCCCUGGCAUAGAGCCGGUCUGACUCUGAGGCGCCAGUCACUACCUAAACAGCUGCCCACCAUUCACAAUCAAACCCCACCUCGAGUGGAGAGAGACGACAGAGAAAAGGAGAGACAGAAAGAGAGAGAGCUGAAGGAGCAGAGAGAAAAAGAACAAAGAGAGAGGGAGCACAGGGAGAAAGUAGAAAAAGACCAUAGGGAGAGGAGAGAGAAAGAGGAGAGAGAGCAAAAAGAGAAGGAGAAACAGGAAAGGGAGCAGAAAGAGAGGGACAGGAAAGAAAUGGAGAAGAUGGACAGGGAAAAAGAGGAAAGGGAGCAAAAGGAGAGGGAGCGGAGAGAAAAGGAGAAAGAAAUGGAAUGGGAGAAAGAGAGGGAGAGAAGAGAGAAAGAGCAAAAGGACAGGGAGAGAAGGGAAUAUGAGAGAGAGCUGAAAGAGAGGGAUCGAAGGAACAGGGAGCAGAGAGAGAAGGAGAAACUGGACAGGGAGCGUAAAGAACGGGAAAGACAGGAAAGAGAACGAAAAGAGAGGGAGAAACAGGAGAGGGAGCAGAAGGAAAAGGAAAGAAAGGAGAGGGAGCAGGGUGAAAGGGAGAGGCACGAGAGAGAGCAAAAAGAGAGGGAGAAACAAGAGAGGGAGAGAAGAGAGAAAGAGAGAGAAAAGAGAGAAAGGGAGCGGAGAGAAAAGGAGAGGGAAAGAGAGAAAGAGCGGGAGCAGAAAGAAAAGGAGGGAAGAGAGAGGGAGAAAGAGAAGGAGAAACAAAGGGAUCAGGAGAAAGAGAAGAGGGAGAGAGAGGAGCGAGAGAGGAGGGAUGGCACAGUGGAGUUUGCACGUCUGAAGGAGGAGAAGAGAGGAGGAGAGAAGAAGAUGGAGCGUCAGUCCAGAGCCAAGACUUCAAAGGACAAGGCAGAGCCUCCUCCCAAGAAGAGGAAGAAGUGGCUGAAGGAGGUGCCCUCCUCCUCCUCCGAGUCUGACUCCUCCCCUCCCAGUGAUGACGAAGGGCCUGUGCGGGGUGGAGCUAACAGCCGAGCCAUGAGGGAGAUGUUCAGGAGCUACGUGGAGAUGCUGGUCAGCACAGCGCUCGACCCUGAUAUGAUUCAAGCCCUGGAGGACACUGAUGAUGAGUUGUACCUCCCCCCCAUGAGGAAAAUUGAUUGCCUGCUUAGUGAACAGAAGAAGAGGUUGUUGAGGAGAGUCAACAUGAGUGCUCAGCACCAGGAGGCUUUACAUAUAUUCCCCAAAAUGACGGCAGACCCACUGGAAUCUGGAGCUGUCAAAGUUCAUCUUGGUGGGGAGGGUUACAACCGCAAAACCCUCAACCGAGUCAAGAGGAGUAUUCCUAAGCAACAGGAUCUGAAGCUCUCAAUUGAAACUUGCCGGAUCUACAGUCUGUAUCAUUCUCUUCACCACUACAAGUAUCACACCUUCCUGCAUUGCAAGAAGGAGACGGACAGUAUUGAGCAGGCAGCAGAGGACCCUGGCCAGGAGGAGGUGGUGCAGCAGUGCAUGGCUAACCAGGGCUGGCUGGAGAGCCUCUUUAACUCCUUCAUGGAACUGCUUAGCCUCAGUGCCAAGGCCUGAAGGAGGACAACAGCCGCAGCCCACCAAACUCACACAUCCACCUACAGUGUGAAGUAGAUGGAGGCAUCCAGAGUUUGUGAAACAAAAGAAUCAUACAGAAACUGUAUGGAUGGUUCGAGCAUAACAAUCGCUGUAGGUUUGUUUGUGGGAGGUUUAACUUUUAAAGUAUUUGUUUUAUUAUUGAGUCCAUUUUAAAGUACCUCUUUAUUUCAAGACACCUAAUGAAAGAUGGAGGGUAAGGGACUAUGUGAAUGUGAUGGAUUUUCCUCAAAUGUCAAAGAAAGGGACCACAAGAUAAUUUGGUCAACAUGACCUACAGAAUAUUGAUAGACACAAGUUGUCUAUAAGUAUGUAUUGACAACUAUGGUUUGUAUAAUUUAUACAAGAACAUUUCUAAAAAUGUCUGUCCUAAGAUGGGAUCGUUUGCUGUUAUUAUUUCUUAAAAAUGGCUUAAAGGGGUAUACAUAAAAUGGCCCACCUGCAAUUUUUUGCUUCUAUCGUUCUGACAGAGGUAAAACUAGAGUGGAGCGAGACAGAAGUGCGGUUUAAAAGGACUAUGUGAUAGUCUCUUGUUUCUACCUGCCUCAGUUAGAAUGCAGUUGAGAUUGAGGAGAGAUGUAUUUAAAACUAAGCCGUGUUCUUUCAGUUUGUUCUGACAAUGAGAGAGGGGAUUUAAUGCCUGCAAGGACAAGGAGCGAAAAAAUAAAGCACGACUUUCUUAAAGGAAGUGUGAGGUGAAAUGAUCCAAACGCAUAAAUGUCAGUGUUUAAUGUUAGUCAUUUUUAUCUGUUUGUUGUUGAUGGAUAUUUCCUAUUAUUUGACCUCUCAGAGGAUAUUCUUGCAGAGCAAUUUUGUUGUUUUGGUGUGUAAAUAUUGUACAGCUAUUUCAUUCUCUAGUUCCCAGUUGCUCUUCUGUACAUGAAAUUCCUGUAUUUGACAUAAUGAAAUAAAACUGUUCAAAUGACAAACGUGAUGAUGAAUAAACCACUUCUGCUCAA